CACAAACCGCCCCAACACCUUUUCGUCCCCAAACCCUCUCACGCCAGACAGUUUCUCAUUCCCGCAGUCUCUGCGGCACCGGCCUUUCUGGAGCCAGCUACCCUCCCCGCGCCUUUCCUGCUCCGCGCAGGAGCCCGCAGGAGGCCACGCAAGAGGCGCGCUUUGGCGCCGCCACCGCCUCGCCUCCCCGCCCCGCUAUCGCAGCCGCCGCCGCCGCCGCUGCCAUGGCGGUGCGGAGCUGCAGUGCUUGGCGGCGGCGGCUGCGGGUGCUGCUGCUGCUCCUGCUCCUGGCCUGCUCUGCCGCCAGUCCGGCGGAGGAGGGUGGCGGGCGGCGGGAGGCGGGCGGCGGGGAGCACGGCGAGGAGGUGGCGCAGCCUCACCACGACUCUUCGUACGGCACCUUUGCAAGCGAGUUCUACGACCUGCGCUACCUCUCCGAAGAGGGUUACCCUUUUCCUACUGCUCCUCCUGUGGAUCCAUUUGCAAAAAUCAGAGUAGAUGACUGUGGAAAAACCAAGGGAUGCUUCAGGUAUGGUAAACCUGGAUGCAAUGCAGAGACCUGUGACUACUUCCUGAGUUACCGGAGAAUAGGAGCUGAUGUUGAAUUUGAGUUGAGUGCUGAUACUGAUGGCUGGGUGGCAGUUGGAUUUUCUUCAGACAAAAAAAUGGGAGGAGAUGAUGUCAUGGCUUGUGUUCAUGAUGAUAAUGGAAGAGUCCGAAUACAGCACUUCUAUAACGUUGGUCAGUGGGCUAAAGAAAUCCAAAGAAAUCCUGCUAGAGAUGAAGAAGGGGUUUUUGAAAACAAUCGUGUAACAUGUCGAUUCAAGCGUCCUGUGUAUGUUCCCCGAGAGGAAACCAUUGUAGAUCUGCAUUUGAGUUGGUACUAUCUGUUUGCUUGGGGUCCAGCAAUUCAGGGUUCUAUAACUCGUCAUGAUAUAGACUCACCACCUGUAUCAGAGCGUGUUGUCAGUAUUUACAAGUAUGAAGAUAUUUUCAUGCCAUCAGCUGCUUAUCAGACCUUCUCUUCUCCGUUCUGCUUGCUCCUUAUUGUUGCACUGACCUUCUAUUUAUUGAUGGGAACUCCAUGACCAAUGGAAGAUGGCAAGAGUUUCCCAGUGAAAGUUUCUCAGGAUGGGUGGCUACAUGGAAGGAUGAUACAUUUUUCUAUUGCAAUUUAUAUAACACUACUGUCUUCAUCUAGCUGCUUUUGAAUAUAGUUAACCUCUCAGGAGAAUGAAAUAAUCAUCUCCUUUGAGUGACAGAGUGGUGGAAUAUCAUUUAAGAAUAAUCAUUGAACACAUAGGAGAAUACUUUCAGUGUUGUGACUACUUGUAUAAAGAAAAAAAGACUUGUAAAAUCAGUGUGCAUAUGUGUGUGUGUGUGUGUGCAUUUGGGAGGGGCAUCAGACGUAUGUGUGCUUAGGCAAAUUUAGUGACAGACAUUUUAUCAAAUAACAAAGUUGCCUUCCAAAUUGCUCCCAAAAUGCAAAUUUGGGAAAACGUUAUAAUGCUGUUUGGUAGUUCUGGAGAAGACAGCACAACUCCCUAGUGCAGUUUCUGAACUUAAGAUCUGAAUAUUGAUACAGUAGUGUAAAAGCUGUCUUUUAUUAUUAGACAGUUCUCCCAAUUGUUUUGUAUAUUUAUCAAUGUACCUUUGGUACUUUCCAAAACUAAACUCACGUAGUCAAGCAUUUUUUUCCAGUGGAAAAGAGGUGAUGAAUGUCAUUAUAGUAACAGUCUUUUAACAGCCUUCUUGAAAGAAAUGGCUACUUCUUUUAUGAGUGAGAUACAAAGUUACUUAAACAAGGGGAAAUGGAGAACACAGUAAUGUACAUUCUCCGUACACAGGAAAAACAGAUGUAAAAUUACAUGAGAUAGAAGUACCCAACAAGCCAUAGAAUGUCCUCCACAUAGAUUUAAUCAUUUUUUCUCUAUUAAAAACCCAGUAAUUUUGCUGACAUGUAAAUACAUUUUUAAGCAGGUCUGUACUAGUAUGAAGUAACCUGUUUUUCUGUGGUUUAUGUCUGUAUAUCCUGUUCAUAUUAAAGAUUAGUAUGAACAGCUGAUGUUAGUUUACAAAGGAAUGAAAAUAUAAUCAAAAUUAUUUGCAAGGAAAGACAAGGAUAAGAAAAGCAGCAUCUUUAGUUUCAUUAAACCAUUUCUACAAUGUAGUUACUGUCAAAAAUGAACUAAAGAGGAAAUAAUUUGAUUAUUUAAUCACCACUAAAUGUUACAGAGGUGAAUGCUAAAUAUUACAGAAAUGGAAAGUGUCAAAAUGUACUUAUGCACCACAGAAUAUUAUGGAAACCUUUGAGUUAUUGUGGAGAAUUUUUGUUCUUCAUGUAGUAGGAGGUGUGUGACGUCUACACGUAGCAAUCAAAUGUGCUUAGAUAAGAUUAUUAAUUCACUUUCCAAAAUUACUUAAACAGAGUUUAAAUUGUGCCAAAGUUCUAUCUAAUGUGGUAUGCUUAAGAACUGUGGAGCAAAGGAUCUGCUAAAGUAUGUGAUGGACCUCCUUUCUGUUCUCAUUGUGUGGAGUGUAAAAAAGUUCAGUAGCUUUGCUGGGCUUGCAUCAUUAUUCGCAGACUGAAGUUUGUAGGCUAAUUUUUUUAGGCUCAGCAUUCUUCAAACCUAUGCUUAAAGUGUAUGAAUUAAAUUGAAAAUAAAUGUAUUGCCAUUACGAGUACUUUAUCCUAUUUUAAAAGAAAGAUUAGUUAGCAAUAUAUAUUUUCUUUGACAUUUCUAAGGAUCUCUUCUAUUAAAAUUACUGGACCUAGAGUUCAGGAGAAAGAAGUGAACUUCAGAAGGAAGUGAAAUUUAAAAAUUAAAAAAUUAAAAAAUGCUUUAUUUAGUAUAAAUUACUUCCCUCGAGUUUCGUAACCUACUCAUCAUCUGAUCAAAUAUGUAGUGGACACCACCUCAUAAGAAAGGUCUGCUUUGGUCCACAAUGGCUGUAAAAUUUAGCCUUAAAAUUGGCUGAACCCUGGAUGGUGAAUUUGUUCAGCAACCAGGUGAAGUGAAGAAAUCCUUAGGGAAAAUUCUUUCUCCUUUGUGCUGAUUUGUAAGAAAGUGAGGUAGUGCAGUUUGUUCUCAGAGGUCACAGCUGUUUAAAGCAGCUUCAGGGUUGCUUUAAUUUAUGGCCUUGUAUAUACUGUUUUAGUUUCAAGUAUUUACCUGAUUACCCACUAAAGGGCUAAUCUAGUAAUUGAAAGGUACUGAAAUAAGAUAGAAACCCAUUUUGUCUCCUCUUUUUUUUUAUUAAUGCAGCACCGGAUUUAGGUUAGUCUGGCUUGAUUGUGUGUUAAAGAUUACAGUAGUAACACCAAGGUCAAAAGCAUGAUUUUCUAAUUGAUAGAUGCCAAUACAAACUAGAGGAUAAAACAGAUUUCCUAAUAUAAAUAUUUUUUUCUGUUUCUUAUGGUAGCUACUAGCAAGCAGUUUUUAAUGAACAUAUUUCUGAAGUGAUUUUAUUUUGAGAAUUAGUUUCUGCAGAGUGAUGUGAUACAGAGGCAUAAAGUUUAGAAUAUCUUUAAUGUAUCUCAUCCUUUGGAAAUUUAACCUUGAUUAUUAAUUAAAAAGGACUGACAAAGACUAUAGGGUAUUAAUUAAUGUCCUUGAAUAUGUUCUUUCCACGUAGAAUAAAAUUCAGUUGUGACCACUGCUUGUUAGCCAUAUUAUCUUCCUCUGCUCACUCUUACCGUCUUAUCUAGAGUGUUUUAUACUUAAACUCUGUAAGUUCAAAGAAAUAUCAGUUGCUUAUAUUUAUGAUAGUGCCUAGAGCAAGGGGAUCUUUCUCUUUUUUUAUCUGUAGUGUCUGACUGGUACCCUGCUACAAAUAAUAAGUUAGGUCUAAAAUGACAUGGAAUAAUAGGUAGGAUAGGAAAGACAGAAAAAUAAAUGGAGAGGACAGACUUUUGGAAAGCUGUACUUUUUUUCCUUGCCUAGAUCACUAUAUAUUUAUAUAUGGGUGAGGUGCUCCUAGAUGGCAAUGAAUUUUACCCCCUUCUGCUCUUUAAAAGAUGAACCAAAACAAAAUGCCAAGCUGAUUUUAUAAUGUCAUUGGAUACAGGAAAUUAUUUCUUCAAAAAUCAAUUAUUGUAAGGUAAAUAUUAUGUUUUUGAAACAAAGCAUUGAUGAGAAAAGUUUGAAAUCUCUUUGUGGCCUUCUUGUUUUUGCAGUACUUUCAUAACAGUAAACUGAACACUUGUGGUCUGCCUAAUCUGAGAAAACUCCCAGACUGGGUUAAAAAUUCUCAAAAUUGUUUUUGACUUUUUCAGUUUUCAGCACAGGGAACAAUAAAUGACUGGAUUGUGUAAAACCAGGCUGUGGUUUUGAAGAUUGCUUAGGGCACUAUAUCCUGAAUCUUAAGGAAAAGAGCCCUGCAACUGCUUUUGUGUACACAAGGUCUACUGCAAAAUCGAAAUAUCAAACAGCAUGUUCCAUCCUACACCAAAUCCUUUAUAUAUUUUGCCAAACUUUGGAUAAUGUUCUUACUGUGAGUGUUCAUGUCUAGUCUUCCUCUGAAAAGUACUGUGCUCCUUGUCAUUAGCCCAUAUCCUAUCACCAUUUCCACAGAUGCCUUAUGCUUUAUAUGAGAUAAUCCUGAGAAGCCUUAGCCCAGCUCUGAAGAGGAGUCAGUGAGUAAGGAGGACUGACGCACAGCUGUCUUCAUGAUUAUCCAGGCCAGAAUUAGAAAUCUGUGUGGUUGAUAACACUCCAGUUACCUGUAAGUGUGUCCUUAUUUUUUUUUCUUCAUCUUCCCAUCCAUCCAAUGCGUCAGACUGGAUAAAGAAGUGGAAGUUGGCACCAUGCUGUAGUCUGGAGGCAGAAUUGAAGAUUAUAUAUAAACUUAAUAACUUUUAUCAGCAUUUAAAUUGCAUUUUCACUCCUUGAUUUCUUAUACUGAUGUGUAGUGGUGUAGUUUCCUCCCCCCACCUUUUUUUUGUUUGUUUAAUUUUCCCAAAAAGUUUCCCCCAAAAAAGGGUAUUGGGUAAAAAGCUAUAGGAGGAAGAACUGUCUUUCAUGCAGAAGAUCUAAUGUUGCUUAUUUUCAUAUGAAGAGAAGGAACAUAAUCUGACUUUAAUGAAAAUGUAGCAUUUAUGCAGGUCCCAGCUAUGUGAAGGCUGAUUUGGGCACAAGCUCAGACUGUGCUGCAAAGUAUGUACUCCAAGGUAGGAGCUAGAGGCUAGGUCUUGCUUUUGGAGGUGUGAAAACAUGCCUAGAUCCUGUAGGCAGUAGUGGCAGGCAGUUGCUGCAGGAAGCAGCUGCUCACUGGCCAUUUUACCACGUGCAGCAUCUUGAGUGUCAAAAAAUAUGAGCUUUAUGUCUUAACACCUUUAUUGUACAUUACCUAUUUCCUCUAAUUAUAAGUUCAGUAUUGUAUCAGCAGUGUGUUAAGGUCUAACGCAGCUGUUUCACACCCUGCCCAGCACAGUUAGGGACUGAAUUGGAAGAUUUUGAAGAAAAUCUUAAUUUCUUGACUACAAGAAAUUAGUUUUGAAGAAAAUCUUAAUUUCCUGACUACAAAAAAUAAUCAAAAGGAACAAAUGUUGUUGUUUUUUUAACAUAUGCCAACUUGUUAUUUCUAUGCAAUUUAUAUGUCAAUGUAUAUAAUUUUUGCAGAUAACAGAGUAAGAUAUAGGUAAACCUUCCUUUUGCAAACCUGUUUUAUUAAUAUGAAAUAAUUACCUGUAACUUCCUUUUUUUUUUUUUAAUAGUGGAUUUGGUAAAAUCACAUAUGUUCAAACUCGGUUAUUUAACUUGCCUAGUUUGGGUUAAAAUAGUGAGGCAAAAAGUGUAAUUUUGAAAUGUCAAGAAAGAUGCAGAUUGUUUAGUUGAUAUCUGUGAAAAAGCAGACUUAAAAGACAUUACUUGCCUUGAAAUCUGUGAUUCAAAUUGGCAAUAGCAACGAAUCUGAUGCAAAGAAAGAAGUAGAUGUUUAUUUUAUUUUGAUGGCUAAGUAGUUUGAAUUGUGCUUAUAGACUCACAGAAUUAUCUCAAGUUGGAAGGGAACCAUGAGGAUCAUAGACUCCUACAAUGCACUGUGUUGAAAGAUUAUCUAGUCCAACUCCCCUGCCCUGGAGGAUCCCUCCACAGAUCAUCCACAGGGCCAUCUACAUCAUCAAGUCUUUCUCCUCACAGACCCACCUAAAACUAUAGCAUAUGGCAUCCAAACACUCACUGAACUCGGACAGGCUUGCUGCUGUAACUGCUUCCCUGGAGAACCUGUUCCCAGUGACUGACCACCUUCUCAGUUAAGAACCUUUCCCUGAUGCAUCUUCACAGUCAUUCACAACGGUUGUUUUUGCCCCUGUUCUGUAUUUCUUCCUGAAGUAGGAAUGGCUUUCGAACCAAGGUUGGAAUAUGUCCUGGUGUUCACAGUCCAUAUUUUACAACAGCUGCUGCUCCAUAUAGGCUCAUUUCCUUUGGCAGAGGCAUUGGACUCAAUGAUUGUCUUCAGAAGUCCCUUCCAAUCCCUACCAUUCUCUGAUUCUGUGAUUUUGAUCUGCAAGUAGAGGCUAUUUAGGAAAGUUCUUACAAGGUAAAAAUUUCUAUGGCACUCUUAAAUAUUUUAAAAAACUGUAAAAGGUGCUAUGCUCUUUAGAGUUACCUGUUUUCCUGAGCUGUUCCUAAAUGAUACUUUCUCAAAUUCAUGUUUACAAUUUAAAAGAAGAAAUUUGACAUUUCAGAAGUGUGAAGCAGCUGCAAAUCUUUUAUGUCUCCAAUGCAUACUCAGGGCAGUGAACAUUUUUAUGACAAGUAGUAACAGCAGCUUGUUGCCUAAUUUUGUUUUACAUCUCUCCCUUAACCUUAAUAUAUUUCAGUUCAAUUUCAUGUUAUGACAAGACUGAAUAAAGGAAAAUUUCAGUUAGUUUCUGUGCCAAGGAAUACAAAUACUCUUGAUGACUUUUCACAACAGCAAUCAGAUUACUUCAAUGACAGCUGCUCUUGUAGGAGUUAAUAUUUAGGCAGUGUAAUAUUGCUGAAGGUAUUUGCCUGUUUAAAAAGAAAAGCUAGCCUCUUAUUUAGAGACAAAAGAAGAAAAAGCACAGGAUCCUACAUGUUAUCUGGCGCCUAGCUGAUUUUUUAGGGGGAGGCAGGAUGAUGUAGAAGAAUAUAUAGAAACUUAAGGUGUUAUCUACUAGAGUAUCAUGCUUGCAGUUUUUAUACACUAGCCUUCCAUCACCUUCAGUACAAAAAAUACCCUCUCAUUAGUCUUUUUACAAUAUUGCUUUAUUUUUUUUCGAAAGAAGAUGGAUCAAGGAUAAGUUCAGUAACUCAGGAAAAUAUUGUCAUACAGAGUAUUAAUAUUAUAACAAAGGAAGCACAGAUGCCAUGUUUGUAUCUAAGAGGGGAAAAAAAAUCUUAUUUUUAAGGCCAAAAUACCUGCUUCUGAAAUAUUGGAUGACUGUCAUAUGAAGUAAUGAUUUCUUUUUCAGUUUUUCACAGCUGGUCAUAUGAAAACAGUGAUAAACAUUGAAAUAGAAAAAAAACCUUGCAGUAGGUUCUCUCUUAAUCUGGAAGAAGCAUUCAAGUCUUGACGUGGAGUCAAAGAUGAAAUUCCAAACUUAUGAAAUCUUUAGAAAAAUUACCUUGCUAUUUGCAUGUGAUGUCCCUAGCCUUUAUUUAGGCAGAUAUUUUUUGUUAACAUAUUUGAAACAUCAUGAGCUCAGUUUAAGUUAAAGCAGAUGUCUAGUAUGCCUUGGUAUUUCUGACAAAUAUAUUCUGAGGUCUAGUUUGUUUUAACCUCUUUGCAAGUAAAUAAGCUGUCAUAACUAUGUUAACUCCUGCCACUUGUUUUGUAUUACAUACAGUGUAAUGGUUGUUUUCUCUACAUUUUGACUUUGUUCAGUAUUCUCAAGACUAAUACAUAAGUAAAACCUAUAGAUAAGCAGCUUGUAACUGUAGUACUAAGUAGUCUGCAUUUUUUAUAACAGGAUCUGUUCUAUAUGCCAAUACCCAGCAUCCAUGUGAAGUCAAUGUGCAUUUGAUUGGGUCAGAGCUCACAACUGAGGUUUUGUAGUUCAGAAGUUGUCAUCAAGCCUCUUUAUGUACUAGUAUUUUCAGAAAAAUAACACUGAAUGAAUACAUAAUGAUAUUAUGGAUGACCUAUGGGACUACUCUACAUUCAGUGCAUGCCCUAAAAUAUUACUUGGAAACAUCUCUUUAUACUAAAUGUUGAUGUUCAAGUGAGCUCUGUUAGCUAUUUGACAAUGACAGACAACAGUACUUAUAAACUUGUUACAAUAAAUGCCUUUUUAGUCUAAGGAAA